AUGAGUCGCCAGGCAGCCUGCGCACUCAACGCCGUAGACGAAGCACGCAGCGUUAAAGAGGCCACCAUCGAGGUCCUUCGAGUGGCCCAAUUGGCAUACCCAGCUGCGUACCAAAACCUCCGCGCAACUAUGGGCCUUCCGAGAGCAGAUUCGUAUCAGGAGUUUGAGGAAACUCUGUGCCGCGGUUUCUUCAACCUCUCGACAAGCUACGCCGCGGCCGAGGAGGCGUUACCACUAUCUCUGUACGACUGCAAACACCUCACCAUGGACCUCCUUCCACUGGACAUCGCCGGGCGCCUAGAUGCCAGCGCCGAUUGGGUCCUAGAGGACUGGGGAACGCUGAUACACAACGCACGCCGUUUGGGCCGGUCCACAUUCUUGCCGCCCAAAACUUCGAACCCGGUGGCCUUUCCAGUGAUAGUACCACCUUCUUUGCCAAAAGGGGCCUGCCUAUCUUGCGGACAAAAGGGACACAAAAGAAACCAAUGUGCCGAACGACGUAGCACCUGUACCGAGUGUGGUUGGACCGGCCACAUAGCCGCAGCCUGCAAGAAGGUUGUCUUGCCUGCUGCCAUUCCGGCCCUGAAUACCGAAAUCGAACAGAAGCGAAAGGGACUCAGCAUCACGCAGGGUACCUUCACUAAAAGCAACGCGGUUCAGGGAGCAUUCGACCUGCUGGGAACCAAACUCCGCCCCAAAGCCUCAGCUCCUGACGCGAUCACAGAUGUUCCUAUGGCACUAUCCGUUGAGAUAACCGGGCGGGCUCCACGGAACCUCGAAUGCUGCGUAGGACGAAUUGAGGCCGGAAUUCACUCCCUCGAACAUCGGCUCGUGCUGGAUGGGGGAGCAGAGGUGAGUGUUGUUCCACUCAGCUUCACCCGUCAGCAUUUUCCUACCAUACCGUUGGCUCCCGCCAUCUCACCCAUCCAUGGUCUCGGAGGCCAAACAUCCUUGAUAGGCACCAUACGUUCGCUCAUAACUCUCGGCCGAACGACUCAGGCGGUGACCCUACACGUAGUCGACUCGGAAGUUCCUUUGCUUCUAGGGUUUCCGGACCAGCUUCGUUUUGGCCUUACUAAAUGCCUGAAGGAACGUACGGCCACUCCCAAUUGUGGCACCAAGGUGCCUCUCUGUUUCCUCGCCGAGACCGGGGCUUGGCUACCACCCCUACCUUCUGGAGUGGAUGGCGAUCAAGCCAAGGCCAUCAAUGAGGCUAUCCAGGAGCUGACCCAGGGCAUUAGAGUGGCUGAUGUUCCACCUAUUGAGCUUCGGGCCAGGGGUGAACCACCUCGAACACGCACCCGCCCCAUGAACGAACCAACCAGGGCGAUAGCCCUGACUGUAUUGCGGCCCCUGAUGGAUAAGGGGAUGGUGAAACCCGCCGAACCAGGGGCGUGGGCCUCACCAGCUCUGAUAGUGAAGAAGAGGGACGGAGAGCCCAGGCUAGUCAUUGACUACCGAAUGGCUAACCUACAAACAUCCAACUCCUACUCGGCACUUCCGCACCUAGCCAGCAUCCUACAAUCUUUCGCGGGAGCCAAAAUCUUCUCCAAACUGGACCUGAAGAGUGCGUUCUGGCACUUGCCCAUAUCACCAGAUAGUGAGAAGAUCACGGGAUUCACUCUGGGUCCGGGUCAUCAUUACCAAUGGACCGUCCUACCACAAGGACAUAAGUGCGCCCCAACAGAAUUUCAAAGGGUGAUGGAUUCGGUCUUCGCCGAUCUCUACGAAGGGGGCCAUGUCAAAAUAUAUAUGGACGAUAUCAUAAUCGGCACCCAUUCCAUCUCUGCACACACCACAACUCUCCUGGAGGUUUUGAACCGACUGAGGAAACACCACUUCACCCUGGCGCGAGACAAACUGGCACUAUUCCAAGAGGAGGUCCCUUUUCUCGGUUGCGUCAUCGGUCACGGAACCAUCAGAGCCGAUCCCGAGAGGCUAAGGUCACUAGCUUCAGGACCACUCCCGCAAACACGAGAGGAACUCCGACGGUUUCUGGGAGCCGCUCAAUUUGUAUCCCCGCACCUUCCCGGAUUUUCCAUUGAUGCAACACCGCUCUUCGCGCUCGCAUCUCCGAAAGGAAAGUUCGUAUGGAGCACAUCAGCAAUCCAGGCAUACAAACACAUCCAACAGAGUCUCCUUCAUGCGGUGGCCGUCACCAUGCCGCGACCCGGAUGCGGCUACGUGCUAAUGACUGAUGCCUCCCUGGUUGGUCUCGGAGCCGUGCUUCUCCAACAACAGCAGGAACAAAUCAAGCUCAUCGCAUGCCUGUCCCAUGUUUUCUCGGAUACCGAACGAAAGUGGUCUGCCACGGAGAGAGAGGCGUAUGCCAUCGUCUGGAGCGUGGAGAAACUACACAACUUGAUCUCAGGGGAGGCUGUCGUGGUACUUACGGACCACGCAGCACUAACGGCACUUGACACCACCGGAAACGGCAAAUUAUACCGCUGGCGCCUUCGACUGUCAGAAUACGACCUAACCUUCAACCACAUUGCCGGAGCCAGCAACAUGAUGGCCGACUGGCUUAGCCGACUCCCCGCCGACCAUGACACCACGUUGGACCGCAUUUCGGUACCGGUCCUGUAUAAUCAGCUGCCCAUUCCCAUUGGGCCAUUGAGCCUUCGGAACGCCAAACCAUCCGCAGCGGAGCUCGCACACUUGGAGAAGUCCGACCAAGGAUGGUUUCAUAGGGCCACCGGUGCGGUAUUCGUACCACCGGAAUGUAGACCUGCAGCUCUCAAUCUACUGCAUGGGGCGCCGCAUACGGGCCACGCGGGCUUCAACAGGUGCGUCCGAAGGUGUCGGAGGUUACUUUGGUGGCCAUCCCUAUACGAGGACUUGCGGAAACACAUCCGUGCUUGCGUGCCAUGCGCCCUACACCGUACCAUCAGUACGGACCGUCAUCCGUCCAGGACUCUGAACCGCCCUGUAAUGGGAGAAGUGGUCAGCAUGGACUUUGUAGUCAUGGACAAGUACGGAUCCGAUUGCAGUCGAAUCUUGGUCAUUAUCGACCACGCCACCCGAUACCUGGUCGCGGC